AUGCAGUCAUCGUUCGAUCGUUUACAGAUGAACGGGUACACUCUGACUAGUUUCUAUGACAAGUAUUACAGCCUUGGAACCUCUCCUCUCGCCUCGCGCACAUCUCGACCCUCCUACUCUGUCGCAGCCUCUCCCAGCUACCUCGCCUCGCAGAGCCCGUCAUAUGCAGCUUCACAGAGGGACAAGGAAGGGACGAGGACGCAGACGCCACCGCGGAACGAGCAGAGCCAUUCUUCCAGCUCCACCUCCGUCAGGUAUGUCUCCCAUGCUCCCAACGAGAAGCACAUAGUCUCAAUCACGAGCCCGGGGACAAGCGACAAGAACGGCGCCUCCGGUGCGAGGUCAGGGAGCAAUCAAGCAGCAACGACACCACGAGUCGCGAAGCUGAGCGAUCAAAGACAGCUGUACAGGAGCACAGAGCAGAGGCUUCACGACACGAACAACUUCGGGGUCGGAAUCGACAUUGACCCCAAGACAAUGACAGUGACGGCCUUGAAACCGGGCUGCUCUGCUGCGUUGAAAGGGGACAUUUCUGUGGGGGAUGAGCUGAUUCUUGUGGACGGGGUGCAGUGCAAAACUUCCCAAGACGUCUUGCAACACGUGCUCGGGCGGCAGGGCACAGAGGUUAUGAUAUCAUUCCGACGUCCUAACGGACAGCAGUACUCAGUCAGACUGCUCAGAGGAGGUUCUGACUUCAUUCAAUUCUGGGAGAGGUAUCGCUCCCUCGAAGUGAAGGUAGCGACGUUGGAGAAUGAGAACGCGCGGCUCCUCUCAGAGAAUGGAAGGAUGAGUCGAGGCAAGAACUACUUGUCAUUUGAUGAGAACAACAACAAUGCUUUGAUACAGCUAGAACAAAUGAAAUCUCAUGUCAAUCAGUUGGAGACACAAAACCAAGAGCUCAGACAGAGAGUUUCCAGCUCAACCAGGGCGUCUGUGGAGGACAGGAACGAAGGGCACGUCCUGCAGCAGAUGGCGGAGGUGCACGAGAAGAACGCAGUGCUUCAGAUGCAGGUGGCGUCUCUACAAAAACUUCUCCACGAGAAAGACGAUCAGAUCUACUCGCUCAACAGGAAGAACAUCGAGCUGCAUCAGAGCAACAUGAAGCUCAUGCACGACAAAGACCUCGAGCGGUACCCCCAGAAGGACCUCGCGACCCCCCCCACCCCUCCUCUGGUCUCUUCGAAGCGACAGACGCUGGACUCUCACGUCAGCCCGGACUCGCAGCACAUGGUGUUGGACUCCGGUGGGAGUCGCAAGAGUCCCGAGACUAGUGCCCUCAACGGAUCCAGCAUGACAGCCUUGAUGAAGGAGAGGAACGGGGCGUCCAUCAUGAACCCUCAAGGGGCUUCGGGAGUAUCGGAGGGAGGCGUUCGAGACGUCACUGCGGGCAUGGCGGCUGCCACCCCGCGGUCGGCUGGAAGCUCUCCUCCGCCAAGGUACGAGCGAGCGCAUACUACUGUCCGGGCCCCUGCCAGUCAGGACAUCCAGCUCAGUCAGAGGCCCCCGCCCUCCAUCGCGUUCAUCCCCCCGGUCGAAAUGCACAGUGCUGUGUCCGUGUGGAACGGGAACGGCGGCCAUCCUAUCGCAAACAACCCUCAGAGGAUGAAACAAUUGUACGCAAUGGAUGAGCGAUGUAGCGGCAUGGCAGGAUCCUGGUGUGACCGAAACCUCCUCUGCAAGGGACUGGUCAUGCUUCUGCUCUGCUCCUUAAGGGUUCAGCAGCACAGAGCGACGCAGGAGCUGCUUCCGUGGACGUCUCGUGCAUCUGCCUGCACAACCACAGGCCCUGUCUUCCGCUGCAGUGCAUCUUAG